AUGAACAAAUAAUCUAUAGAUCAUUUCUUUAAUAGAUGCUUAAGAGCAAAUUUAGGAAGAUUUAAAAUGAGAACGCAGAUCUUAAUUAUAAAUGGCAUAAUCUUAACCCUCUUAAUUCCUUCCAUCUUAAUAGCAUAUGCUAUAAAUAUGUAUUCCAUUGAACAGAUUCUUUACCAUUCCUUAUAGGGAAGUACUAUUUUGGAAAUGUCAAAACACCUUGACACUGCUUCAAUUCUGUUGAAUCAUUAGCUUAAUUCAGCCUUUAUAAGAACUUAGAUUUCAUUGACAAACCUUAAUUAGCUUUAUUGGUUAUAAUAACAAAAUGAAAUAAUUGCAACUUCUUAGAUUUCCAGAAUGUGUGACUAUUUUCAACCUACCUUGCCUCCAGAACAUAACUAUUCCAUUCUGUGCUUUUCAACAUUUGGAUAGGAAUCCAGUCCAUAAACUUCUUAGUAAAAUACCAAUGUAAGUUAAUAAUUGUAAAGUGUCACUAAUUUAGUGGGUUCAUUAAUAUUAAGUUCCAUGAGAUUAAAUGAUGGAUAUUUGCCAAACUAAAUUUAUUUUAUCUCUUCCGUUAAUUCAAACUAAUAUGGAUUUUUAUAUCCUCAAUUGACAAUUUAUCCAAAUUAUAAUCCAAAAGAAAGGUAAUGGUAUAAAUCACAUUUUGAAAAUUUACAAAAGGAUAAAAACAAUAAUACCCAAAUAACUAAUAUCUAUAAAUAUUUUGAUGCUCAACCAAUAUAUUCAAUAACAAUGACUCAAUCUAUGUUAAAUUUGAAAAAGGAAGUAGAAGGUUUAUUCUGCGCAGAUCUCGUCUUUACAAAUAAUCUCAUUCCUCAAUUAAAUAUCAAUAUAAUGAUAGUAAAUACAGAGGGAACUUUAAUUUUGUCGAAUUAUAAAAAUGAUAUUGUGUCUAAUUCAUCACUCUUGAUUAGCUUCUAUGAUGAAGAAAUCACUGGAUUUACAACUGAUGAUUGGAAUUCUAUUCUCAAUUAUUAUUACACUAAAUAAAUCAACUCUACUUGUAAUUACGAGUAAUUUCAGAUACUGUGUAGAUUCAACAGCAUCUACAAUAAAGAUGUUGUAAUUUAAAUCAUCAAAUUAUAGAAUAUUGAUUAUUUCCUCAUACUGUUUUACGAUAUUUAAAUUGAAGAAGAAAUUUAAUUUAAUAUCAAUCAUCUUCUACAUAUAAUACAUUAAAAUUUGAACUAACUUAUAUUAGUAACUAUUUUAGCCUCAGUAGGAAUAAUUUCAUUGCAAGUCAUUAUAAUCUAUAUAAUCUUUUUGCCUAUGUACAAGGUUAUAAGUUAAUCACUUUACUUUCUAAAAAAAUAAUAAAAAUCCAAUUAGUAGCAACCUUAAAAUCUAUUAUAAAAAAUAAAUGAAUUUUAGAAUAUAAUCAUUAACAAAAUCCGACCUAAUUAAAAUUAACAAGAGAGCAAUAACGCAUUGAUGUAAUUUAAAUUUAAAUUUAACACCUUAUUUGACAGAGUACUUGAGUAAAGAAUGACUAUUAAUCCUUAAUGCCAAAUAAUUUAGUAAUUUAAGUAUCCUCGAAAAGGUGUUUAUAAUUGUUUGGAUAUUCUAAAUAUUAUAAAGGAAGGUUAAAUUUAAGAUAAUUAUUAUGAAUAAUAGUCUGCCAAUCCAAAAAGUUACUCUUCAAGAAGAUUUUUUAAUUUUAAUGUUGAAUAAUGA